AUGGUGCCGUCUCGCCUUAGCGACAGCGAGCGCGCACAUCUCCUCGAUUCCUCUCUUGCGGGUCCCUCUCGCCCAUUUCCCGUUUACGAUGAACUGAGUUAUGACGACUUCCUCCAUGUGAUCCCAAACACCCCCUUCCUCCUGUCGGGGAAGGCAACAACAAACUGGCCAGCAACGGCAUGGCGCUCGAGCGAUUCUAAUGAUGGUGUCUCCCAGCCCAAUCUCGACGCGCUGCGUGCGUACGCCGACCAAGUCGUGCCCGUUGCCGAUACUUCCGCCCGCGAGUUCUCAGAGUUUGAGCGCUCAGACCGGCCAUUAGGCGAAGUCCUGGAUUUAUGGAUACAAGGCGACGGGAAGUCGCUCUACGUGAAAGACUGGCAUCUGAUCGCUGAGCUGUGCGAGCGAGGCGGAGCCGCGAAGGACGUCUACGAACCGCCGGCAUGUUUCCUAGAUGACUGGCUCAGCCCGCCGUUCUCCCUUUCCUCUGCUGGAGAGAUGCCGGCGUCUCUUGCUGACUUCCGCUUUGUCUACCUCGGCCCUGGCGGCACGUUCACGCCACUGCACCGCGACGUCUACGGUAGCUACUCGUGGAGCGCGAACGUCGUGGGUAGGAAGGUGUGGUGGCUCUUCCCUCCUGGCACCGAGGCGCAGCUUCGGGAAGGCAGCGGUCUCAUGUUUGACGUGCGUGGGACGGAGAAGGGGCAACUUGGCGUCAAGAUCGUCCAGGAGGAAGGCGAGGUGAUCUACGUCCCCUCGGGAUGGCACCAUCAGGUUGUGAACAUUGAUUUCGAGAUGACGCUUGCGAACGACCGCGUGAAGGAAGCGAUCGAGGACGUGCAAGCGGACAUCAAGGCGAGAUUGGGCAACAGCACACUGCCGGACGGCACGCUCGAAUGGGAGGCUGAGUGGGCCGCCGAGGUCGAGGGUCUGCUUGCGCGUGAUGCGGGCUGGGGCUGGGAGGGGUUCUGGGCCUGCAUCUUGGGCAACAUGAAGCGUCCGCCAGCUUCGCCCGACCUCUCGCCUAGCGAGGCGGAGCGCAACGGCUUCAUCCGUGAAGUUCUUGACUGCUUCAAGAGCACGAGAGAGUAUACCCUCCUUCCUCGUGCAAGGGAGACCGUGCGUGAGAUCGAAGCACUGCUUGCGCCAUAA